AUGGCUCAGGCUGAAAACAUGGCUAAUGUGAAUAUCAUCAUGAUGGGCUCUGCUGGGCAGCCAAUCCAGAUAGCACUCCUGAAGAAUGAAGGACCACCAACAUGGUGA